GCCUGUGAGUCGCCGGUGCCCCACCCACGCCGGCCUUCUUCCUGGUCCCUGAGUGGAGAAAAGAGUGGAGCAGAGGGGAGAGAAGACAGGAAAGGAAAGGGAAGGGAGGGCGGAGUGGAGUGGAGUGGCGUUGAGUCGAGUCGAAUUGAAUUGAAUUGAAACGAGAGAAGACCCAACACUGUCCUUGUUCUUCCAUUUCCUCGUCCUCCAUCUCUGUCUAUUGUCUGGCUGGCUGGCUUGUCUGCUCUGCUCUGCACGGCUGAGCUCUGUUGCAUCGAGCGCAAAGAGGACUGGUCACUGAAGUGGCGGUAUUAGCUUCUGUUCUUUCCUUCCACCGCCUCUGCUGCUCCUGAUCACUCCUUUUUAUUCUUCUCUUUGCCUUCUCCUCCUCCUCCUAGACCUUGCCCCUACCACCGCCAUCAUCAGCCCCACCCGUCCUCCAUCGUCGCCCGCGUCGAACAGUCGUCGGUCACCUAUUUUUGAUUGAUUGAUCGAUUCGCGUUCGCUCCACCGCGAAGAAGCGCAACAGUAAGAUCUAUCGAUCUGCACAGGUGUCGUCGAUUUUAGUUUGUGUUCCUAAUUAUCGUGCUCUGUGUAGUGAGGAUUCUUCUAGAGCUCUAGACGGAGUUUCUUCAGGUGGAGCGGAUUAGAGGACAGUGAUAAGUGGUGUUUGCAAUUAGAGCGAGGAACUGGGCUCGAUCUGGUACUCUGUUUCUUUGUUUGUGAUUUGGAGUACGGAUGUACACGGGACGAAGACCAGCAAAGAAGUGAUCUGUUCAUCUCGAUAGCCUUUAGUGCAGAGUACAGGAAGGAGUUAUCUGGGAAGAAAAAACGAUGAGCAAGCCACUAUUUAUGCUGAAAAGGUUACGUCAUAUACAGGCUGUGGCAUGCGCCGGUACUUGAGGACCAGCAGCUUUGCGGCAUUGCGGAUCAAAUGGCAGGGAGACCCGCUGUGGAAUCAAAUCUCGCCGCCUGAAAUCAACCUCCCACAAUUGGAGUACUGCAAGUGCGGAUAGCUGGAAAAAUGGGAGCCAUGAACGGAGUCGUGGAAUGUAAAAAUUGCGGAUCCAAGACUUUGGGAUCACCUUCCGUACGGCCUGUAUCUCUCGCAUACGACCGCCACCAUAGCAACCCUGCCUCUCGUUUUCGCGCUCUCAAUGUUCUGCUGGUGGUUGGAGAUUGCACCUUAAUCGGCCUACAGCCGAUUUUGGUGUAUAUGUCUAAAGUUGAUGGAAAAUUUCUAUUCAAUCCAGUGAGCGUGAACUUUCUUACAGAGCUUGCUAAAGUUGCGUUCGCAAUGUGCAUGCUGCUCUUUGCGGUACGGAAGCAACAUCCAGGAGAGAAGUCAUUACUUUCGCCGGUGGUGAUUUUACAGGCUGCACGUUCGAAUUAUCUUCUCGCUGUGCCAGCGUUUCUGUAUGCCAUAAACAACUAUCUUAAGUUCAUUAUGCAGCUAUAUUUCAAUCCUGCGACUGUGAAAAUGCUCAGCAAUCUGAAGGUGCUUAUGAUAGCUCUGCUGCUACGAGUUGUAAUGAAGAGGCGUUUCACCAUUAUGCAGUGGGAAGCGCUGGGACUACUGCUGAUUGGGAUCAGUGUGAAUCAACUGCACACUACACCCACUGGGACAACUGUGAUAGCCCCUCUCGCAUCAAUUGCUUACAUUUACACUUUGAUAUUUGUUACAGUACCGUCGUUGGCGUCUGUGUAUAAUGAGUAUGCUUUGAAAAGCCAGUUUGACACCAGCGUCCACCUCCAGAAUUUGUUUCUAUAUGGAUAUGGAGCAUUUUUCAACCUUUGUGGCAUCGUCUUCAUGAUCGUCUACAAUGGAUCCAGUAGUUUCAACUUGUUGGAGGGCCAUUCCAGAGCAACGAUGCUUCUGAUUGUCAACAAUGCUGCUCAGGGCAUAUUAUCUUCCUUUUUUUUCAAAUACGCUGACACAAUUUUGAAGAAAUAUUCGUCCACGGUCGCCACAAUAUUUACCGGUCUUGCAUCAGCUGCUCUUUUCGGACACACUCUGACAAUCAAUUUUAUCUUGGGCGUCUCCAUAGUUUUCAUCUCCAUGCACCAGUUCUUUUCUUCCCUUCCGAAGAGUAAGGAGGGUCACCAUCAGAAUGAGGAAGAUGGAGCCGAAUUCAAUGCGAAGAAAUUGAGGUCCAAGGAGUCAUCUUUUGUCAAUAUGACUGCUGGAGCUACGGAAGAGGCAAGCCAUAAAAUUGGAAUACUGAGCGAGAGAGAACCUCUUCUUCCCACUUGAGGCUCUAAUUUUGAGGGCUCAUAAUGUGGUUCGGAAGGCGCAAUCAGGUAACAUGAUUUUUAUCAUGUGAGUGGAUGCAUUCUUGGAGGUUACAUAAGGCGGGAACACAAGUCUGUAGCUAUGUAGAGAAAAUAGGUCAAUUGCAGUACUGGAGAAGCCUCUGAGAUGGCGGACAAGAACUUGGGACUCACUCAUGCGGUGCUCCAAAGAAACAGAAUUGUAUGCCAGAAAGUCAUGGGUAAGGCUCUGGCUUUACCCGAAUUUUUACAAAAUCGUUACCACAGGGUACACCGCUAAGAGAAUGAAAUCUCGAGGCAGUGAUAUCAUGAAGUCCACGUGCACCACCUUGUGGCGAAUUAGAUAUAACUAGUAUAUCAGCAUUCUUUAAUCAUGGAAUGGUUACAAUCAGAAGUCUGGGUACGUCUGUAAAUAGAAUUGGUGCCCCAUAGACAGGAACGUUCGUCACCUGUGCCAUUUAGUACGCAUUAGUCGUUGGAGUGUCAUACAACGAGAGUUCAGGCAAUCCCAUGUCUGAAGCAGGAAGUUUUGAACAGGUCUUCACAUUAUUUUCGGAUAGAAGUGCCGUUCCCUACAUUAGAGCCAUUGGCUUCUACCGUACCUAUUGGAGGGCUUUCGAUGAUGAUGGAUCAUCACGUAGUAUGUCAUAGAGACGAAGAUACGGUACAAUUAUCAUAGUGACAGUGGCAGAAGGUACAUGGAAUUACAGAGGAAAGAGAACUGGAAUUGCUAUUUCUGGUGAGGUCCAGAUAUUCUGAUGGUGAGAGCAUCAGUAUUCCUAGCCAGACGCUCGUUACGUUGUCAACUACACGAAAUGAAAAGUCGAUAUCGAGCUUUGCGU